CCAGUACCGUGAGUGACUCUGGAAGGUUGUGACGGUGGCCGCGCCUGUCUAUCCUUUACCUGUCUGUGUGUGGUACCUGUGUGUGUGUCCUACUCAUUGUUCACCUGAUGGGGCAGCGCCGUGACUACCUGGCGUGGGGAGCAUGUCUCACCUUCGCCCUCACCUGUCUCACCUUACCACCCACCUACGCCAACUUCAGGCCGGGGAGUCCGUGGGGGUGGCGGUGCGUUAACGACACCUGUAUCAAGGAGGAGAAUGACGCCCAACGCAGCUUACCUGACCUCGACACCUGCAAACUUACCUGUGCGCCGGAGAGUGUGUUGUGGCCCCGCCCCACCGGUCUCGUACGUCUAGGGAAGGAGACUGUCUCCUUCCUGCUGGGGGGGCUGGAGCUGCGGAAGGUGAGUGCGCCAAGUCCCCAGGCGGAGGAGUUGGUACGGGAGGCCUUCACGCUCUUCAAUGACACCCUCGCCUCGCUCUCACCCAGGGCGGACGGGGAUCACCUGUCACCUGAGGGGGCCUUUGAGGAACAGGUCCGGCGGCAUCGUGUGGUGGUGGAGGUGCUGGUGGUGGCUGGCGGGGAGGAGGCCACCCUCACGCCUCACACCCGUGAGGCCUACACGCUCAGCAUCACCACGCAGGCGGAGACACACACCUCGCGCGUCACGCUGCUCGCCACGGACUUCUUCGGCGCACGCCACGGCCUGGAGACGCUGAGCCAGCUGGUGGUGGGCGACGAGGCCACGGGGGUGCUCAAGGUGGUGACGACGGCGGCGGUGACGGACGCGCCGGCGUUCCCGUACCGCGGGCUGCUGGUGGACACGUCGCGUAACUUCGUGACGGAGGCGGCGCUGCGGCGCACGCUGGACGCCAUGGCCGCCAGCAAGCUCAACACGCUCCACUGGCACAUCACCGACUCCCACUCCUUCCCGCUGGCCCUGGACACGCUGCCCAACAUGGCCUACUACGGCGCCUACUCCCCCAGACAGGUGUACACGCCCGCUCAGGUGCGCCGUCUCGUCCAGUACGCGCACGUGCGCGGCGUGCGCCUGCUGCCCGAGGUGGACACGCCCGCGCACGUCGGCAAUGGCUGGCAGUGGGCCGAGAAGGAGGAGGGGCUGGGCAGGUUGGCCGUGUGCGUCAACCAGGAGCCGUGGCAGAAGUUUUGUGAUGAGCCGCCGUGUGGGCAGCUCAACCCCGCCCUCAACGCCACCUACACCCUCCUGGGGCAGCUUUACACACACCUGCUAGACCUCUUCCCCUCGCAGCACUACUUCCACUACGGCGCCACCCAGAUCAGCGUCAACUGCUGGAACACGACGGAGGAGGUGAUCAACUACCUGAACGAGACAGGCAGAGGGCGUGAGGCAGGGGACUUCCAUGACCUGUGGGGGGAGUUCCAGCGGCGUGCCCGGGGACUGGUGGCCGCGGCGAGUACCCAGGUGGCCGCAGGGGUGGUGAGGUCAUCCACUCUCACCGCGGAGGGCCGGAGACAACGCUACCUGGACCCCGAGUAUUACGUUAUCCAGGUGACCAGCAGGCUCAGCAAAGAAGAGGUCAGCCAGCUCACACAAGAGGGCUACCGCGUCAUACUGAGUGACUCCGAUGCUUGGGACUUGAGCUGCGGCCACGGGGACCCUUACGGCGAAGGUGCUGGGUCCUGCGGGGCGUACAGGGGCUGGCAGGCCAUGUACGGGGACCACCUGGCGCAGGGUAAAGAGCCGGGGCAAGUGCUGGGGGGCGAGGCGCUGCUGUGGACUCACCAGGUGGAUGAUUCUAACCUGGACGCCAAGGUGUGGCCUCGCGCGGCAGCUGUGGGGGAGCGUUUGUGGACCAACCCAUCCGACGGCUGGCGUGACGCAGAGGCUCGCUUCAUCCACCACCGGCAGCGGCUAGUGCGGCGCGGCGUGCAGGCUGAGCGAGUCCAGCCUCAGUGGUGCCACCAGAACGAGGGGCUGUGCUACAAAUAGUGCCACUGCCGAUGUGCCUGUACCAGACGAAGGGCACUCACCUACACAGUGAUAACAGAUAUGCCAAUCAGGAGGUGCCAACAGUGCCUGAGAGUGCCAUGCAAGUUAAGGGGAGCGGAGACAGUGUGUCCCUGUAUUGUGAGUGCCAGGGACUCGACUAGAGAGUCAACCUUGGCUUACAUGAGUGUGUGAUGCGUCGAGCCGCCGCGUCCAUGCAGGGGCUGGUGGUGGUGAUGGUGGCGGCGGUGGGCGUGGCCGCUCAGGAAACCACCAACGUCAACAAUUUCUUCAAGUAUGUGGACGUGUGU